GGAAAGUACGUACAUUUCCAUCCGAUGUGCAGAACACUUUAAGUUCAGAGUUUUAGUUUUGCGAUUUUCCACUAUAACACCUGGGAUUUCUUUGGAUGCUGUGGAUCUGACGCAGCUCACAUCUGAGAGUUAAUUUCUGUGAUCUUUAAAAGGAUUAAAGCAGGAGAAGACAGAAUUCCCAGUCAAAAGUCCUACCACAGAAUCCACAAUGGCCAGUUAUUUUGCGCGCCUCAAAAACUUAAUCACCCACCGUGGCGUGGCCAACAACAACCUCGCUGGUCCACAAGGUGUGGAGAUGGGUGAGGCUGAUUUAGAGAAGGAGAAGGACAAGAAAAAAACGUCUUUCUACAAUGCACUAGACCCUGUACCAAAGCUGGACUUCUAUGCCAAAGACACAUGGACGGGACGCAUGAGGAGUAUCAGACCAUCAUUGGACAUUCUUCGUAAACCACCAGAAGGUGAUGAUCUUCCACCACCACCAGAAGAUGAUGGAAGACCCAAAGUCAAACUUGUUCGCUUUGGAUGGGUCCUUGGAGUUAUGAUUCGCUGUAUGUUGAACAUCUGGGGAGUCAUCAUGUACCUACGAUUGCCAUGGAUUACAUCUCAAGCAGGAAUCAUUCUGACCUAUGUGAUUAUCUUCAUGUCUGUUACUGUGACAACGAUCACAGCAACGUCAGUGUCUGCAAUCUCCACCAAUGGGAAAAUCUACUCUGGUGGCACAUACUUCAUGAUCUCUCGGAGUCUUGGUCCUGAGUUGGGAGCGCCCAUCGGCCUGCUCUUCGCGUUCGCCAAUGCACUUGCCUGCGCGCUUCACACAGUGGGGUUUUCUGAGACCGUCAGAGAUGUUCUAAAAAACAAUCACGCUCAGAUAGUGGAUGAUGUAAAUGAUGUGAGAAUCAUAGGUGCAGUUACUGUUGUCAUUCUGCUCUGCAUCACACUUGCUGGCAUGAGUUGGGAGGCUAAGGCACAGAUUCUGUUCUUUAUUGCGAUAAUAUUGUCCUUAAUCAGUUAUUUUGUGGGAACUUUCAUUCCAUCCACCAAAGAGAAGGAGGCUGUGGGAUUCUUUGGCUACCGAAUUGAGAUUUUCACUGACAACCUACUACCUUCCUUCCGAGGCAAAGAUGGAUAUUUCUUUAGGAUGUUUGCGAUUUUCUUCCCUGCUGCCACUGGAAUUCUGUCUGGAGUCAACAUCUGUGGAGAUCUGAAGGAUCCAACGGGUGGAAUUCCUAAAGGAACACUCCUGGCUAUAUUAUGGACCACCUUGAGCUAUUUAUUAAUCUCAAUCACAGUUGCUUCGACUGUUGUUAGAGACGCUUCUGGCAAUAAGAAUGACAGUUUAGAGUUCAAUACUUCAAAAAUCUGCCAUGGUCUCGGCUGUAAACUGGGCUGGGAUUUUGACAGGUGUGAACAGAAUCGCACCUGUACCUAUGGACUGGCAAACAACUUUCAGAUUCUUACCAUGGUUUCAGGAUCUGGGUAUUUGAUCAUAAUCGGGAUUUUUGCUGCCACCCUGUCGUCAGCAUUGGGUUUCUUGGUGUCUGCCCCCAAAAUCUUUCAGUGCUUGUGCAAAGAUAACAUCUAUCCUUAUAUCGGCUUCUUCGGGAAAGGUUACGGGAAAAACAACGAGCCUCUGCGUGGCUAUGUCCUCAUGUUUUCUAUCGCUAUGGCUUUCAUCCUUAUUGGUGAUCUGAACACAAUCGCUCCUCUGAUCUCCAACUUCUUCCUUUGUUCUUACGGUCUCAUCAACUUCAGCUGCUUUCACGCAUCUGUCGUCCAAUCCCCUGGCUGGAGGCCGUUAUAUCGUUACUUCACUCCCUGGACGUCUCUGUUUGGAUCAUUUCUGUCUUUUCUGCUCAUGUUUCUGUUCACAUGGUGGGCCGCUCUUGUGACUUUCACGAUUGUCCUCUGCCUCUUAGGAUACGUUUCUUAUAAUAAACCUAAGGUGAACUGGGGUUCGUCUUACCAGGCGGGUGUCUACAAUAUGGCUCUGUCCUUCUCAAUGUUUCUGUCAGGGAUAGAAGACCAUGUCAAGAACUACAGGCCUCAGUGUCUGGUUUUGACCGGUCCACCAAAUGUACGCCCAGCCCUGGUGGACUUUGCGGGCACUCUCACUAAGAACAUCAGUCUGAUGAUCUGUGGAAACAUUAUCAUGGAGGAUGAGAAGUCAACCUUGCCCACUCACAGUUCAGAUAUGAUGGUAGAUUGGCUGAAUAAAAGGAAAGUUCGCGCUUUCUAUACAACAUUUACUGCUGAAAGUCUGAAAGAGGGUGCGCACCAUCUUAUGCAGGCGUCUGGUCUUGGUAAAUUGAAGCCAAACACUCUCGUUUUGGGAUAUAAGACAAACUGGCAGGAAUGUAAACCUGAGAGCUUAGAAGACUACGUCCACACAAUCUACAAUGCCUUUGACUCUAACUAUGCCAUCUCUGUUCUAAGACUGAUGGAUGGAUUAGAUGUUACUGAUAUUUUGCAGAGUUCAGCAGGUGGACCGCCAUCAAUUGUGAAUCCAGCAUUUGAUGCAGAAGAAGUACCACAAACUGAAAUAGAUGAUACUGACCGGAAUUCAGACAUUUCUGAUGAUGUCUCAAAUGAGCAGGUCAGGUCAGUAUUCCAGACGAAACAGGGCAGGAAGACCAUAGAUGUCUACUGGAUCUCUGAUGAUGGAGGUCUAACUCUGUUAGUGCCAUAUUUGUUGACCAGAAGGAACUGUUGGAAGAAGAGCAAAAUUAGAGUGUUCCUUCUAGGAGACCAGGAGACCAUGGAGGAAGAACGCAAAGACAUGAAGUUGCUGUUAAAGAAAUUUCGUCUGGAAAUCAAGGAUGUCAUUGUGAUAACGGAUGUGGACAAAGCUCCAUUGACUAAAAGUUUGCAGAGAUAUGAGGACAACAUCACCCGCUUCAGGCUGAAUGAAGAACAGGCUGGAGUUGACGUCCAAGAACUCAAGAGACUGAGCCCAUGGAAAGUUUCCAAAAAAGACCUUGAGGUCAUCAAACCAAAGAUGGAGAGGACGGUACGACUAAACGAGAUAAUCAAGAGGAACUCCAUACAUGCUGCCUUGGUUGUAAUUUCUCUGCCAGUUCCUGACAUUAACUGUCCCAGUUCACUCUACAUGGCCUGGCUGGAUGCACUGAGCAACGGCAUCCACUGCCCUGUCCUGCUUAUACGAGGAAACCAAGAAAAUGUGAUGACAUUCUACUGCCAGUAAAACAUUCACACACACACACACACACACACACACACACACACACACACACACACACACACACACACACACUGCACUGAAGCUGCUCUCAGACUGUGUUGACUACAGAUAGUUUUAAAUUAGACAUACUAGAAAACUUAAUUAGCAAUGUUUCAUGAGUUUCACUCUUGAACUGUGUAAUAUGAACAGUAUAAUCCUCUUACACAUUCAGUGGGAUAUACAGUAGGGUCCAGAAAGUUGAGUCUACAUUCAUAAUCUGGGAUUCAAAGAUUUAAAAUCUAAUUUUAAUUUAGGAAUAAACAAAGCAUUUUUAAAAAUAAAGAAGAAAUAUUUAAGAUUAUAGUUUUGCACAAACUUGUCAUGGGGACAUACUGAAUACUAAGAAAUCUGGAAUUUAUGUACUUUUUUAAUUUCAACUUUUCAAAUUGUUAUGCUGAUAUAAUAUAAUUAAUAAUUAAUAAUAUAUGAAAUACUGUAUAUUAGAAGUAAAGGUGUAGAUGUGGUGGAGGGAUGCACUUUAUCUCCAGGGCCUUAAAUUUACUGUAGAAUAUAGCUGUUGAAGUUUCAUGCUAUGUUCUUUAAAAAGGAAACGCAUUUUUAAAAAUUACUUUUAUGUGGUCAUACUUUGUAAAAUAAUAAUAAUUACAUGUUAGUGUCAAAAGAUGAAAUUAAUUUAAAAAAAUUACAAAUUUGUUGUGUAUAAAUGUGUUUAUGAAUUACAAGUAUGAUCAUGAUCAACUUUUCAAGGUGAAAUAUAAAAUGUAUCUCAAUUGUGAUUGAUGGUUACAUUAAGGACAAACAUUAAAUUAUAAAAUACAAAAUGCAUUAAGCUGUUCAAUCAUAUGAAAGUAAAGAAUUAAGGAUCAUAACAUGUAUAAAAUUUGUUACAUCUGAAAUAAACACAAAAAGGCAUGGAGUGUUUGUGUAUUUGUGUGC